CCCGGCGGAAACAUGGCGACGCCCAGGCCGUGCCACGCAGACUUCCGCCCCGCGCGGAGAUUGAGGGCUGGUGGAGGGUCGCUCCGCAGGUGAAGUCGUGACGAGCGGUGUGGAGCUUCAGCCCACUUGCAUCCAGCCUCGAGCCCGACAGGGGGUGUUUGGAGAGAGGGCGACAUGUCGGAAGGAAACGCCGCUGGUGAGCCCAGCACUCCAGGAGGGACGCGACCCGUCCUGCCUGGGUCCCGGGGACUUAUCGGGCGGCGACCCGCACCCGCUCUCCCACCAGGCCGCCUUCCCUCCAUGCGCUCCAGGGACCUCACCCUCGGGGGAGUCAAGAAGAAAACCUUCACCCCAAAUAUCAUCAGUCGGAAGAUCAAGGAAGAGCCUAAGGAAGAAGUAACCGUGAAGAAGGAGAAACGUGAGCGGGAUAGAGACCGCCAGCGGGAGGCCCAUGGACGAGGUCGGGGCCGUCCCGAAGUGAUCCAGUCCCACUCAAUUUUUGAGCAGGGCCCUGCGGAAAUGAUGAAGAAAAAAGGGAACUGGGAUAAGACGGUAGAUAUGUCGGACAUUGGACCCUCUCAUAUCAUCAACAUCAAAAAGGAGAAGAGGGAGACGGAUGAAGAAACCAAGCAGAUCCUGCGCAUGCUGGAGAAGGAUGACUUCAUCGAUGACCCUGGACUGAGGAAUGACACAAGAAACAUGCCUGUACAGCUGCCACUGGCUCACUCAGGGUGGCUUUUUAAGGAAGAGAAUGAAGAGCCCGAUGUUAAGCCCUGGCUUGCUGGUCCCAAGGAGGAGGACAUGGAGGUGGAUGUACCUGCUGUGAAAGCAGUGAAAGAGGAGCCUCGAGAUGAAGAGGAGGAGGUCAAGACGAAGGCUCCUCCCAAGGCAGCUAGGAAGACCCCAGGCCUCCCAAAGGACAUGUCUGUGGCAGAGCUGCUCCGGGAGCUGAGCCUCACCAAGGAUGAGGAGCUGCUGUUCCUCCAGCUGCCGGACACCCUCCCCGGUCAGCCACCCACUCAGGAUAUCAAGCCUGUCAAGACAGAGGUGCAAGGCGAGGAUGGACAGAUGGUAGUCAUAAAGCAGGAAAAAGACCGGGAAGCCAGGUUGGCAGAGAACUCUUGUACCUUAGCUGACCUGACUGAGGGCCAAGUUGGCAAGCUGCUCAUCCGCAAGUCAGGGAAGGUACAGCUCCUCCUGGGCAAGGUGACUCUGGACGUGACCAUGGGAACCACUUGUUCCUUCCUGCAGGAGCUGGUGUCUGUGGGCCUUGGAGACAGUAGGACAGGAGACAUGACAGUCCUGGGACACGUGAAGCACAAACUUGUCUGUUCGCCUGAUUUUGAAUCCCUCUUGGAUCACAAACACCGGUAAAAUGAACAGAUGGAGGAGGAUGGCGACUGUGCCCACGGCUGCCACCUGCUCCAGACGUUUUGUUCUCGAAUCCAUGUGACCCAGAAGGGGCCUGUGGAGCCCACCCACUCCAGCCUUCAGCUGCUGUCAUCUCAGUUUCCCCCACACAGCUCCCUCCCAUGGCAGCUGUGAACUGCACAAUGACCUUCCUGCGGACGGAUACAGAUGGCACAUCCUUGCUCCUGGGGACCUGUCCCUGCUAUUUAUUUUUAUAUUUAUGUCUUAAUCUCCUCAGUUAACUGCGUCCUCCCAAGGUAGGUUUCAUAGGCCCCUUAUCUUGGGGUGCUCAGGCUGCAGAGGUGGGAACAGUGUGGCUUCUGUCCUUCCCAGAGGCGGACAGGAGAGAGCAGUGUGGAGUCUGAGACCUAAGCACUCAGCCCCAGAUCAUGAGUUCCUCAUUCUGGGCCCUUGGACAAACUAUGUGACCUUUCUGAGCCUCAUAUUCCUCAUCCAACAGCAAUGGGGAUAAUACCUACCUCACGGAGUUGGUGUAAGGAUCAGGUGGACUAUUGUGGAUGAAAACUUGCACAGGCCAGACUUAUACCUAUAGGCUCUCAAUAAACUGUGGUUUUCUCUCUC